CUCAGGCUACCUCCUUCACUGUUCAACGAUGUAGCAAUUUUGCUCGAUCUUUUGCAAAUAGAACGGUCACGAGGAUAACGAACAAUGUUUUUUCUACUGGUGAUAAUAAUAUUCAUGAAAGUAACAAUAAUUCUUAUCCGACUUCAAAUAAAUUAAAAUUUCCAAUGAUUCAAACUUCCGAAUUUGAUAUAAGAAGAAAUUAUGUUACAAGCGUCAAACGUAACCCACAAGAAGAUAUGAGCAUUGAGAUUACAGAACGGGCUGCCAAGCAACUUAAAAAUAUAGCAAAAACAGAGAACAAUCGCAAUGCUGCGUUAAGAAUAUCUGUUGAUUCUGGAGGAUGCCAUGGAUUUCAAUAUUUCUACGAUUUAACGGAUGAAUCUUCUUUCAAGGAGGAUGACGUGGUUUUUGAAAAUAAUGGUGCAACAGUAGUUGUGGAUCCAGUUUCUUUACGGAUGGUCAAAGGUUCAAAAAUAGAUUAUACAGAAGAACUAAUUGGAUCGCAAUUUCAAGUUGUUAAUAAUCCCCAGGCUUCUUCGGGUUGUGGAUGCGGCGUUAGUUUUGAGCUAAAUGGCUAA